AUGGAUAACCUUCACUUGAGUGUCAUAGCUGUGGUCCUUUACUGUCAUCUUCCUGGCGCAGCGGGAUCCAAGUCACAGCUGAAUCUUCUUGAUGCACGUCACCAUUCAGACUGCCGGUGGGGUGAGGAGCUCUUACUGAACUGUUCUUUUACCGGAAUAUCUACCAUUCCAGAGGCUGUCUCACAAACAGCAAUAACAGCUGAUUUUAGUUACAAUAAUAUUAAAACUUUCCUGUGCACCAGCGGAAGAAACAAAGAAUGGAUGCUAAAACACCUGAAUCUCAGUAACAACGUGAUUUCUGAACUCUCCUUAACUACUUGUAGGAAUUUACUUGCUUUAGAAACAUUAAUCCUCGAUGGUAAUGCCAUCCGCACCCUUACACUGGACUUACCUACACAGGCACAAGCUGAUCAUCUCCUGCCUGCUUUAAAAGUGUUGUCAGUGGAAAGAAAUAAUCUUAAUACAGUUCCAAGAGGACUAGGCCUGCUGCAGUCUCUGCAAACUGUCCAUCUGUCAUCCAAUGGCAUACAACAGAUUGAUCUGAAUGAUUUUCAGAACUGUUCACAGCUGAAGGACAUCAACUUGCAAAACAACCAGAUCACUAAAAUUCAUCCAGAUGCUUUCAGGGAGCUCAACAAAUUACAGGUGGUGGAUCUCCGUGGAAAUGCUCUGACCACCCCUCUACCACAGAUACUCAUCAGUUUGAACUCCUUUCAAAUUGAAGUGGAUCUGCCGAAUAAUGCCUGGAUAUUUCACUGCAGACUGAAUGCUUUCAAACCUUUCAUUCAUUUUCUUUUUGACCCCACGAGGAAAAAAAUGAGUAUUUCAUACAUUAAAUCUGGAACCAGCUCACAGAAACCUCUGCUCUAUCUUUCAAGUUGGCAUUUAAACUGCAGCAACAGUGUUUUGCUCAAGAGGGCCGUCAUCCCAACAGGAAAGGCACUGGUGCUAAACUGUAACUUGGACAACACAAGGGGUAAUAAUAACGGAGCCUCUUGGUGGACACCUAACGGCGGAAUUUCAAAAGAUGAUAGUCUUCCUCAUAUGACACUGGAUAAAAUGAAUAAUUUAGUGAUAUACAAUGCUGAGAAAACUGCUGAAGGGUUAUACUUGUGUAUUUCUAAUACAACAAAGAAGAAAUAUCUCAUCUAUGAUACACAGGUGAAAGAAAGGGGCUCAACAUUUUUGGUUCGCAAAGCCCGAGAUGCUAACGCUGCUUUUCGACAAGGAAGAACAGAGCAAGACCUGACACUGGCUGUCUGCCUCUCAGUGUUCAUUACGUUUGUUUGUGCUUUUUGCCUGGGUGCUUUUGCUAGACCCUACCUUGGAAGCCUGUGGAGACUCAUGCGCAGGAACAAGGAUUCAGCUUCAGAACAUACUUAUUCUAACCAAGCUUUUUCAGAUGAAACCUUGAGCAGAGAGUGCUCAUCAAGCACAAGCAAACCAACCAAUACACAGCACAGUUUGUUCACUUGUGAUGAGGAUUCUUCAAGAAACGUAUACGUUCUUCCUACAGAAACCUUUGCUUUGUAUGAAAACAUCACUGGUAGCAGUGUACGUGCACCAAAUACUGAAGAAGAGUACCAGAAACAAAGCAAUGAUGAGACCAAUGUGAAGAAAAAAGUAUUUUCAGACAUCAAAACUAGUAUCGGCAAUGAUGAAAAUGUAGAUGAUGAUAAUGGACUGUUUUCUGUAAGGAUAGAUGACAAGAACAGCAAGGAAGUAACACCAAGAAAAUUAAAGAGUAAUGACAUUUCACUACAGAAAGAUCCAAUAUAUGCAAAUAAUGAAGCCUCAGAGAAGAGCAGGAUCCCUCUCGUACACAGGAGAUCUAAUGCUGACUCUUACUUACAUCACACCGACUCUUCAGAUUCAGAUUUGUCCUUCAAGGGAGAAACUGGCUUUCCAUUUUCCACAAUACAAACACAUACAGUUGCACAAGAUCCUAGGAACAGCAAGGUAAGCAACAACUCUGGUCUGCUGCAAUCUGACAUCUCAAAGGCUACGCCAGAUUCUCCUGAAAGAAAAGGUAUUGUUCCACAUAAUGAAGCUAUGAGCACUACAAAAUGUAUGCCUGGAAGGCAAAGCUGUGAUGAACAACUUCAUCUAAACAGCAACAUAAAUCUAACCAGUGAUGUGGGAGAUUUUAUUUUACCCAGUAGCUGCAAGAGAAAUACAAAUACUGAGAAUUUAAGUGUCCACCAAACAAUAGAUAACGCUCCUCUUACAGAGUAUAACUGUAAAAUAGAACCCACAAACGGAAAAGAUGCUUCAGCAGAUAUGUUUGAUGAUAGUUCUUCAGAUGAGGGGGCUCCAUUCACAAUAAGUGACUGUAGUUCUUUAGCAGACUUUGAACUGGAACAAGCUGAUGUUAGAGACAACCUGUCUGUCUGUCAGUCAUCACUGGAGGAAGCUGAUAGGAACAGUGGAACUGAGAAGUGCUCAACGCUGACAGAGUCUGCAAACAUUGCUGCUGGACUUCAGCACGCUGGGGAAAAUGAAGACAAGAACAAUGCGGAUUUCGAACCCACUAUUAAUUAUGGGUCAGACCCCACCGUGCCUGAAACAGCAUCACCUUACGCUGAUAAAUGCAGCAGCCACAUAAGCAUGUCAGAUCCAGACACAACUAGUCCUACAGGUCAAGACGUUCCUGGUACAUUUUAUCGCUUUAUUAAUGCGGAGUCAGGAGCACAGAACUCAGUUCCUGAGUCUCUCCACAACCCAAGCGCAGAGUUUGGUAACACAUUACUUUCAUUAAAACAUUCUCCCAUGUAUGAUGCAGACACAGAGAACACUCCUGAAGAGGCUGAGCUGCAGCCAUAUCAGUUCCCCACCAAACCACAGCAUUCCCUCAGCUUCAGUCACACUGGACAAAAAGAAAAUGCACUAGAGGGAAGUAGAGAUGAACACACAGACAGAAACUCUUCUGGAAAGAAGCACGGUGAAGGCAGCAUUGCAUUAAGAAACACAUCUGAGGACAGUGAUUUCUUCUUUGCUCCCGUUGAUACUGGUUUGAAUGAAAUUGUUAAAACGGCAUCGCUACUGCCUUCCAGCAAUGACUCACCUCUUCACUCUCUGCCCGAACACACCACUGAAAAACAUCUUGUGGUUCUUACAGACACAGAAGACUUGCUACCACAGGGGAAGCAGGUGAACGCACCUGAGGCUCGUGCACAUACAUCGCAAAGAGGUUUUAAUGAGAAAAACUGUGAUGGAUACACAGAAUUACAGGAUACCAGGAACGGCAGCCUGCCUGAAGAAGCAUAUCUGCUCCAUCUUCACUCUUCUGGGAAAACACAACCAAUGUUCAACAGAGAAGAUCAUUUCCAACUGCAUCAGAGUGAUGAGGAUGCAUAUUCCUUCUCAGUCCCACAAGGCUUCUUCAGUGAAAGCACACGAUACAGUUCACGUUCAUUCCCACAAACAACUACAGGGAAUAUAAUCUCCAAAAGCACUGAUUCCAGCAAGGUGGAGGAUGACACAGAUGACACUACUUCGACAGGACUGCAGAACAAUUCUACAGCAGCUGUCAACCUCCAAAAUUCAAAUGAAAAACUCCAUCAAAAAGGUCAGAGCAAUUUAGGACAGGGUCAGGUUUUUGUUAAGAAGAAAAAAGCAUUUGAUGGGUUUGCUAAGGUUUUGGAAAGCAGAAGAACAAACUUCAAUAGCUGA